AUGUUCUACAUCCUUGCACUCGGAAACACGCUUUUCGAAGAAGUUGGUCUUUCCUGCAAGAGAAAUGUUCUCCAUGAAGUCAAAUGGAUUGGAGACAUUGUAGUGCUUCUUGCAACCCAGGGAAAGCAACAAUCUAUCAGCAACAAACUCGACGUAUUGACACAUCAAAGCACAGUUCAUUCCGAGCAAGUUGACUGGCAAAGCAUCGGUGAAGUAUCUCUUUUCGAUGUCAACAGCCUCGGUGAUGAUCUUGAGAACAAUGUCAUUGUGAGGGGUGUUGUUCAAGUGCGAGAAAAGCAAACAUGCAAAGUCGGUGUGCAGUCCUUCGUCUCUGCAGAUCAACUCGUUGGAGAAGGUCAGACCUGGCAUCAAACCUCUCUUCUUAAGCCAGAAGAUAGAAGCGAACGAACCAGAGAAGAAAAUACCCUCAACGGCAGCAAAUGCAACAAGUCUUUCAGCAAACAAAGCCUCCUCAUCGUUGAUCCAUCUCAUGGCCCACUCGGCCUUUUCUUUGAUACAUGGGAUGGUCUCGAUAGCGUUGAAAAGGAACUCGGCUUCCUUAGGGUCUUUGACGUAGGAAUCAAUCAAAAGAGAGUAGGUCUCGGAGUGGAUGUUCUCCAUCAUGAUUUGGAAUCCGUAGAAACACUUGGCCUCUGGGAUCUGGACCUCGGCAGAGAAGUUCUCAACAAGGUUCUCGUUAACGAUACCAUCUGA